CGUAAGUUGAGUUACAUUACACAUGUUAUAAAUUGAGGCGUAUAAAUAAGAAAGAUUUUCAAAUUGUUCAAACGUUUUAGAAUGUUGUUUCUAUUGGCUUUAUCACUUUUAGUUCUGAAAGGUGAUGCACAUUCACUACCUCUUUUACCAGCAAGUGAUAAUUGUGUAGAAAAUUUUGUCAAUCUUUUCAAAUGUCAAAAAGUACCUGCACUAGAUGAUUACAUAUACAGUUUUGCUGCUAAUGGCACAAUGCUGGAACUGACUGACGUCCACAAUGCAUUUAGAACAUCUGUUGAUACAGACAUUGUAAAGGAUAUUUGCAGUUAUUUGGAAGGGGUAUCUACCUGUUUACAGAACAGUUACACAUAUCUACAAUCUCACUGUCCAUCCAAAAUGGUUAAGAUUGCAGACUCCUUUAUUCGAUUAACCUCGGCAUUGUGUGACUCUUAUGAAGCGGAUAUCAAUAUGAUGGUUCAAUGUUCUAACCAGGAUAAUAGCAUUUUAGUGACAUAUGUAAGCUGCAUGGAAGGAGCAUAUCAAUAUCUAAGUCGACAUACAUUACACCAGUGCAGUAUGGUUCAGCGUUUCCGAGAUUGUUUGUACCAGUUCGAGACCUGCUCCGAGAUUCACACCAUGCGGUUGAUGACGAUGUUUGAUGAGUACAAAGACGAUGUCUGCUUUAUCUUGAAAGAAUUGAAGAAUUAGUAUCGAAAAUCAACUAUGCUGUAUUAGACACACGGAAAAAAUAUACUGCCGACAGAGUUCUUUCCGUUAUUAAUUUUUGUUCAUCUCAUUUAAUUUUUCAAUAUAAUAUUGAAUCAUUAUGAACAGAUUUUUGAUGCCAUUGUUGAGGCAUAUUGCCGUUUGAUUAUUUUACUUUUCAGUAAUUACAUUUUGUCG